UUAACCUUGGCUCCAUUAAUAUAUGAGUUACGUUCAUAUUUUUGGUCGUAGUGGUGAAAAUUAAUUGAAAUCCAGAUUUAGUGAUCCCUAAUAAAAGGCACCAGGUGUAAGGAACAACGUUUAACGAUCUUAAUAAUAGUCAGCGUUGUCUCGUUCAAGCUCGUUUGUUUCAUUCAGAAGGCCUAAUAAUGCUUACGGUAAAUACAAGAGUUCAACAAGGCACACAUGAUUCAAGUAACUGCCUUGAGAGGGAUCGUACGACGAUCAUUUUCGACAUCAAAAUGUGCCCCAGCACAACAGAUGACUGUGCGAGAUGCUUUAAACUCUGCCCUGGAUGAAGAAAUGGAAAGAGAUGAGAAAGUGUAUUUACUUGGUGAAGAAGUAGCCCUUUACGAUGGUGCUUAUAAAGUAUCCAGGGGUCUAUGGAAAAAGUAUGGUGAUAAGCGUGUCAUCGAUACACCGAUCACAGAAGCUGGUUUUGCUGGUAUUGCUGUUGGUUCUGCGAUGGCUGGGCUUCGACCAAUUUGCGAAUUUAUGACUUUCAAUUUUGCUAUGCAAGCAAUCGAUCAAAUAAUCAAUUCGGCUGCUAAAACUUAUUAUAUGUCUGCGGGAAAGGUUAAUAUACCAAUUGUCUUCCGAGGUCCAAAUGGUGCGGCUGCAGGUGUUGCUGCACAACAUUCUCAAUGUUUUGGUGCUUGGUAUAGUCAUUGUCCUGGUUUAAAGGUAGUUUCGCCAUAUAAUAGCGAAGAUGCUAAAGGUUUAUUAAAAGCUGCCAUAAGGGAUCCUGAUCCAGUUGUCGUAUUAGAAAAUGAGAUCCUCUAUGGAGUUCAGUAUCCAAUGUCUGACGAAGCAUUGGAUAAAAAUUUCGUUUUACCUAUAGGAAAAGCUAAAAUAGAACGUGUUGGAAAUCAUGUUACUUUAGUGGCACAUUCCAAGGCCGUCGAACAAGCUCUUGAAGCAGCUAAUGAACUUGCCGGAAAAGGGAUAGAAGCUGAAGUUAUUAAUCUUCGUUCUCUUAGACCAUUAGAUAUGGAUACCAUUUUACAAUCAAUAAUGAAAACAAAUCAUUGCGUUACCGUAGAACAAGGUUGGCCACAGUGCGGCAUAGGUGCGGAAAUCAGCGCAAGAAUCUCAGAAAGUGAAGCCUUUUAUCAUCUAGACGCUCCAGUAGUUCGCGUUACUGGUGCCGAUGUUCCUAUGCCAUAUACGAAAAGUUUGGAAAUAGCAGCAUUACCACAAGGAGGCGAUGUAGUAUUUGCUGUAAAUAAAUUAUUAGGGGUAGAGUAAUGAAUAAUAGAAAUAUUUAGGUAUAAUUAAUA